AAGUGAGCUAACUCCAAAGCAUAUCCACAGGAACCUUUUGUGUUGUGAGCGCUUUCGCAUUUUCUGAUUAGGGCCAUAGUAUUCCGGCUUCACAGGGUUAAUGCCCAUAUGUAUACUAAGUCCAACUUUACUUAUUAUUGAAUUUAUUCUUUUCAACUCCUCCAGCAUGUCAGGUAGAGAGCGUGAUAAUCGGCUCCCCAUGCAGUUAUAACUCAUUAGAUUUGUUUUGCCUUUGGAUCAAUUCACACACCGUUCUAACCAUGUUUCCUUCAGUUGAUGCAAUUGUUAACCUCGCCGUCUUGUCUGCUUCCUUCGUUGCUAUCACAUCCCUCGAGCGAUUCAUUAGGAACAGACAGAAAAAACUUCCCCCUGGCCCAGUGCCACUCCCACUGUUAGGAAACAUCUUGUCUGUUGACACCAAGGAGCCUUGGUUGACUUAUGCCAAAUGGGCUACUACUUAUGGAGACUUGGUUUUCGUGCAACUUCUAGGCCAGGAAAUCGUGGUGAUCAAUUCUCAGCACGUUGCAGAAGCCUUGAUGGACAAGCGUUCUCGCAUUUACUCCGAUAAACCAACCAUAGCCACACUCGAUCCAUUUGGUUGGUCGGUUAUUUUUGCAUUCACAGGCUAUGGUGAUGAAUGGCGUCUUUGCCGACGACUCUUCCACCAAACUUUCCGUCCUAACUCUGCACUCAAGUUUCGUCCAAUGCAGAUCCAGCGGGCUCGUGAGAUGAUCGUCAACCUAAUUGAUGACCCUCAACAGUAUCAUUCUCACUUCGCAACAUUCUCGUCAUCAGUUGCGAUGUCAGUGACAUACGGCUACCAAACUAGCCCUCAUGAUGAUCCUCUGGUUCGAAUCGCAGAAAAUGCACUAGCUCUUGGCCUUCCGGUGGUAACCACAGAGAGAGCGAUCUUGCUCAAAACCUUUCCCUUCUUGCUGAAGUUACCUGACUGGUGCUUGGGAUCCUCGAUCAAACGCGAGGCUCAAGCGUCGACUAAUCACAUGACUGAAAUGGUGGAGGUGCCAUUUCAAUAUACGCAGCAGCAUAUGGCCGAAAACUUGGUCUUUGGUCAGUUUUCGAUGGUAGCAGAAAAUCUUCAACGAAUGGAGAAGCAAGAUCAGACAUCCAGACCAUCGUUUGAGGGUGCCUUGAAGAAAGCAGCUACUAGUGCUAUUGCAGGUUCAUACGAAACGACUACUUCAGUCUUGAUGGCUUUUGCUCUCGCCAUGGUAUCUUACCCAUAUGUUCAAAAACGUGCACAAGCGGAGAUCGAUUCAGUGGUUGGGAGGGAUCGCUUACCUACCUUCGAAGACAGAGCGUCACUACCAUAUGUUGAAUCAGUUAUACGGGAGACUUUGCGAUGGCAGCCUGUCGUACCCCUCGUGCCACGUGCCACCUCAAGUGAUGAUAUAUAUGAGGGCCACUUCAUUCCAAAAGGAAUGACUGUCAUGUACAACAUAUGGAGCAUUUCACGGGAUGCAAAACGGUACCCCGAUGCAUCUACGUUUAUACCAGAGAGGUUCAUGAACGCCGAUGGUGCGCUGACGGACGAUGACCCGGCUGACUAUAUUUUUGGCUUAGGCCGACGUAGAUGUCCAGGCCGGUAUGCUGCUGAUGCCUCAGUGUGGUCGGCUAUUGUUACCAUGUUGGCCACAGUGGAGUUUUCGCCCGCUAAAGAUGACCAGGGUAAAGUGAUCGAAUUCGCCCCCCAAUUUACGACGGGACUUACUCAUUCCGUUACGGUCUUUGCCUGCAGCAUUUUGCCACGUUCUCAUGUCCAUCCAGGACUUGUGGAUGCUUUACGAAUGGGAGAGUAAUAUGUAUAUGGCGGAAGACCUUCAAGCUUUAUCGACCUUUUCUAUGCUCUACAUCAGGGAAAACCUCCCCCCGGAAAUCGAUGUAAUUUUCAGUAAUUCCCUGGUUUUCUAUUUUCAGGGAAAUCAUGUUGUACUAUUUUAUUUAUGUUACAAAGUCCAGUCAUAGUUCCAAUGAAUUAGUUUGUGAUUUGGUUCUGAAUA